AUGUCCGAGCACUUCCCGUCCUCAGAGGCGCCCGACACCCCGCGCUCCUCCGAGUCGCGCUCGACAACUCCAGACGACGCCGUCCACCCAACAAGUCCCCACACACCCUCCUUCGACUCCCCCCUCCUCUCCCCGAACUCAAGGGACCAUGCCUUUCCCCGCGCCCAGGCCCAGGCACGGUCAAUCUCCGCCGCAUUCACUUCCUCUCCCCUCAAUCCCAACAGUCCCAUCGGCACACGCUCCCGUCCGGUCUCUCGGGGGAGCACCUACUUCAAUCGCAUCGCGUCGGAGGAUGUCCAGGCUCUUAGCCAGUAUGGCUCUUUCGGUGCGGGUACCCGCGGCUCCAUGGUUCUUUACCGUCUUGCCUCCGACGACACGGGCACCGAGGCCCUCCUUCCUCCCAAGACUCCCCUCUACAAUCGGGACUCGGUAGUCUCCUCCUCGGGCGACUCCGUCUUCUCUCUUUCCUCGGAUUCAAGGUUCCCCACAGGUCCUCCCGCACAGCGCGGUUUCGUUCCUUACGCAUACGACCCCGACAUGGAAAAGGAUGUUCCCGAUGACGACGACGACGACCUCCACAAGCCUGAGUACGGGCGCGGCAAACGUUCAUAUUGCUCUCUUCGCGGCAUUCUGAACGUUACCGUCAUCAUCAUCCUUAUCCUCGCCCUCUUGACCCUCUUCAUCUGCUACCCGAUGCUCGACUUCUUCCAGAACGAAGCGCGCAAUCUGGCUAUCACUGCCAACACUGCGAUCAACGGAACUGGACAGUCCGCAACGGAUGUUCCGUCUUUCAAGAUACCUAAACCCAUAGACGACGACACCCCGGAGGACGCGAAGUCGCGGACUGGGUUCGACGGAGAGCAGUACGAGCUCGUCUUCUCCGAUGAGUUCAACCUCGAUGGGCGCACCUUCUUCCCCGGAGACGAUCCUUACUGGGAGGCAGUGGACAUCUGGUACGGUGCGACGGCAGACCAGGAGUGGUAUGACCCCAGGCAGGUCAUCACAAAGAAUGGCGCUCUCCAGAUAACCAUGGAGCAAGUGACGGACACCUCCUUGAACCACAAUCUUCCCUACCGGAGUGGCAUGCUGCAGAGCUGGAACAAGUUCUGUUUCACGAGCGGAUACAUCGAGGUGGCGAUGACCCUUCCGGGUCCGACCUCCAGCACCCGGGCUACGGCGACGACGGACGGUACCUGGCCGUACUCAUACGACUCUUGCGACGUUGGCACGUUCCCGAACCAAACGUUUGCCGACGGUUCAGGCCCCGCCGCCGCUUUGAACUCGGCGGCUUCGCGGACAAAGUACAACAACGAACUGUCGUGGCUCCCAGGCCAGCGUCUCUCUUCCUGCACAUGUCCAGGAGAGGAUCACCCUGGACCUUCCAACUCGAAGGGUCGUGGAGUGCCGGAGAUUGACAUUAUCGAGGCCGAGGCAAACAAGACGAGUCUUAUUGGUCAGGUUGCGUCUCAAUCGGCUCAAUUCGCGCCGUUCAGCCACGACUACACCUACAUCAACGACACUCAAGACGCAUGGUGGGUCUACGACGAGAGCGUUACACGUCCUAAUGACUACAAGGGUUCGGCCAUCCAACAAGCCGUGUCUGGCCUAUCCAACCUACCCGACGACAUGUUCCAAGGCUCCGGUGCCAACUUCAGGACUCUCGGAUUUGAGUAUUGGGCGAACCCGUCCCAACGGGACGAGGGAUUCAUCACUUGGCAAGUGGACGGCAAGGCUACCGUUCGCGUGGGAGCGUCAGCAAUGGCUGCCGAUUCUAUAACUCAGGUCGGGCAACGCAUUAUUCCCGAGGAGCCGAUGUCCAUCGUCCUGAACUUGGGUAUUUCCAGCAACUGGCAAACGAUCGACCUGACCACCAUGGAGUUCCCUGCCAUCAUGCAGAUCGAUUACGUGCGCGUAUACCAACGAUCGGGGUCGACAAACGUAGGUUGCGACCCCCCAGAUUACCCAACGAAGGACUACAUCGAGAAACACCCGGAGGCGUACUCGAACGCGGACCUCUUGUCAUGGGCGCAGCCAUCACCAGCAGGUGCAGGGUACGCGUGGCCCAAAAACUCGGCAUACGCUGGCAGUUGCUAG